CCGGCUCAGACCAACAUGGCGGCUGUUAGCUGACAGUCAUCAGCCCAGAGGAUAAACUCAAAGUUUAUCUUAAUAUUCACGGUUUUAUGAUUGAAUUAAUCAUUUCAGGGGCACUUUGGGUUACCGGGACUUCACUGAAACCCACAGAUUGUCCAUUUCUGAUCUGGUGGCUGUUUAAGAGUCGACUACAAACCCACCCUAAGACUUCAGUUUCCAUCAUGAUGUUGACCAACAGCUGAUCCACUUCGGACCUGAACAGACCACCGGUGUCAUGGAGAAGUUCGGGAUGAGUUUUGGAGGUGGUCCAAGCAGGAAGGAGCUGCUGGACACCAUUGAAUCUCAGAAGAAGCAACUUGUCCAGUAUCAGAGCCGGUUUAAAGAUGUAGUCCGGGCCUACAAAAGUCUGCUGAAGGAGAAGGAGGCUUUGGAGGCCAGCCUUAAAGUCCUGACCCUGACCCAGGAGCUUGACCAGCAGGGAAACACCUCGUCUGAGCUCCCUGAUGAUCGCUGCUCCCUGCACAGUGAGGACAGUCUGGACACGGCUGCUUCUGUGGACACUGCGGCAUCUGUGGAGACGCCCAGUGAGACCGCCAGAGGGGACCAGAGCGAGGAGGACCAGGGAGAACCUGUGGGGAAGUCCAGCUCAGUGUUGCUGAGGUCUGACCCGGAUGCUGGCAGUUCGGAUGGCAGCAGCGUUGGCAUGGAGCCACCACAGGCCACACCCCCUUCCAUCAUGGAGACAGACCGGCGUGUCAUCCAGCUAAAGGGUCAGCUGAGCACGCUCACUGGCGCCCUGGCCACUGUGACUCAGGAGAAGUCCCGGAUGGAGGCGAGCUUCCAGGCAGAUAAGCGUCAGCUGAAGCAGGAGAUGGAGGAGCUGCAGGAACGCUUGAUCACCAUAACGACCCAGCACGAGGCGGAGCUCCAGGUGCUGCAGCAGCAGCUGGCUGAGAGCCGUGCUCGCGUCAUCACUCAGCAGCACGAGAGGGAGCAGGAGCAGAUCGACCAUGCCCAGCAGCUCCGAGAGCUUCAGAAGAUCCUUCAGCAGGAAAGAGACCAGAGACAGGACGCAGAGCUCCGUCUACAUGACGCCAACGCCACCAUCCUCCUCAACUCACAGGCUGUGGGAAGGGGGGCGGAGUCAGAGGCACACCUCAGCCAGGUGAGGGCCGAGAGAGACGAGCUGAAGAAGAAGCUGCAGGCGGCUGAGGAGAACCAGAAGAAACCAGAUCCAAGAGUGGAGGAACUCCAGAGAGAGCUGAGUGAGCUGAAAGAACACCUGCAGGAACAGAUUCACCAGGAGACCAGGAAGCUGACUGACUUAGAGGAGCGAGCUCGUGAGCGUGCACAGUCUGCGGAGGCUCGUGUUGCCGGUCUGGAGCAGCGACUGUCUGAACUGUCCGAGCUGCUUGGGUCCUGUGAGAAGACUCGGCAGAAAGACCAGCAGACUGCUCAGAGACUCCGAGACCGGAUCCUUCAGCUCGACACGGAGAACAAAACGCUGGCCAUGGCGGCGUCCAGCAGGACAGGUCAUGAGCUGUGUGUGGACGAGUCUCAGCUGGACGCGGCGUCUCUGAGGGAGAAGAUCGAGAAGCUGAAGAAGCUUCUGCUGCUGAAAAACCCUGAUCUCAACAUCCACGACCUGGCAGAGACAGAGUCGGAGCUUAGCACAGACAAAGGCUCUGCCCUCUUCUACCAGCAGGAGCUGCGUCAGCUCAGGGACGAGUUUGAGCGCUACAAGGUUCGAGCUCAGGUGGUGCUGAAGAACAAGAAUGCCAAAGAUGGCUGCCAGGCAAAGGAGCUGGAGGAGGUUAGGGAUCAGCUGAGCGAGCUGAAGGAGAAGUACAUCAACCUGCGGAUCCAGAGCGAUGAGGCCGAUGCUGCCCACCGCCGCCAGGUCCAAGAGUGUCAGCAGCAGGUGACGGGGCUGCAGCAGACGCACAAACAGGAAGUGGAGCGAGCAGAGACGCUGCACCGUGACGACCUGCUGCAGUUGGAGGCGGAGCUUCACAAACAGAGGGAAAGGACCAUGGCGCUGCUGGAUGAGAAGGACCAGGAGCUGGAGAGGCUACGCGCCCUCGUCUUCAGCCACACCAACGAUAUCACCAAAACCACCGUUGACGAGGAUGAGUCCAUCCCCGAGAGCGAAGGUGAAAUCAUCAGCCAGGCUCUGCGGCGGGCGAUGCCCAACGAGCCCACCCUGCUGCUGUACGCCGAGCAGCUGGCGAGAAAGGAAGUGGAGGUGGGCGGACUACGGCGACAGAAACACCGACUGGAGGAGGACGUCCAUCAGCUGCAGUCCAAGCUAAUCGCCAACGGAGAACGCCACGACGAGGAAGUGUCCGAGCUGCGAGUUCAGCUAGACAAACUGACCCGGGACCGGAGCAGAGAGGGUGCCAACCUGGAGUACCUGAAGAACGUCAUCUACAAGUUCCUGACGCUGCAGGACACCAGCGGGAAGCAGCAGACGCUCACCGCCAUCCUGACCAUCCUGCACUUCAGCCCGCAGGAGAAACAGAGCGUGAUGAGGCUGCAGGGCGCCACCUGGUGGAGCACAGGCACGAGGAAAUAACACUUAAAGAAAACAGCAUGAUGAGGCUGCACGGCCAGACUUUGUGGAAUUAUCUCUACAGUAUAGGACAAUGCUAGAACGAAAUCAUCGCCAGUGUCUGAUUCCAUGGCGGUUUAAAUGAUAAAAAGAGAAUAAAGUUUGGUUUCAUGGUGUCUCUCUGAUCUGUAUAUUUAUGAAUAUUUAAAUUAAAUCUAUAACAGACUGUCACUGUGAUUACACUUGGAUUAAUGCAGGGCUUCAUAUGUAUAUUUUUGAUUCUCUUGUUAUAUAAUAAAACUAUUUUCCUGCUUCAAACUAA